CCUGUUGCUUUUGCGGGUCGCUCCUCCGCGUUUCAGCAUAAAAACAAGCGAGUGGGCGUUUAGAACAGUUUGCUGCGGAUCUUCUCUGCGCUGCGGAAACUUUCCACAAAAUGGUGCAACAACUCUCCAGAUCUGGAGCGAAAGGGGCUCCUCUGCUCAAAGCUGGGCACCCACCAGCAGUGAAGGCUGGAGGGAAACGAGUGGCCAAGAAAAGCCUGGAGGAUGGGACUCCAGAGAAGGAGACAAAGAGCCGGUCUCUUGCCUCCUCCAGCAGGAUGCAACAAGUUGGCCUGCUUCUGACAGGGACUCUUGACAAGCUCAGUCAUGACUUUCCAGAGACCUCGGUGAGCGUGAGGCACAGCAAGGUGCGCCCCGCCGUGGAAAAGUCUCACUGCCCUCGGACCUUCUGCAUCCAGCAGCCCAGGAAGUAGUGAAUUUGCUUAAGAAUGCCCUAGAGUCUGUUGCGUUCUGUCGGUCAUGAAACGUCAAACUCUUGAGGGGAACUGGCACGUUUUCUUUGAGGUGCUGUUUGAAACUGUUUACUUAGAAGAAACGUGACUUUCCUUUUGUGCUAAGCUUUUGAAUGAGAAUAAUGUUAACCAGUUUUCCAUCUUUGUUUUGACAAUGCUGUAGUUUUGAUUGCCAACUUAUUGUGAGGGAAUGUAUGGCAUAUGGGUUAAAGUAAGUUGAUUGAUGGAUUAGGGGAAAGUCAGUGAAGCUUAAAAAUCCUUUUUCUGUUGAUAGGAUUUCUAUGUAUAGCUUUGCAUUGUAGAUUUGUAUAAAAAAAAUAAAUGUGCUAUCACAGUU